AUGUUGCGGGCACUUUCACACGAGCCAAACGACGUCGAAUGGAAUGCAGCAAAUCAUGAACAAACACCCGAUGCUCAUGCUCAAGCUCAGGCCCCUCUGGAACUGGAGACAUCGAACAACAAACGAAAGCGGCAAAGCCACUGUUUCUGCGCGCCGCAAAUGUUCGGCGGUGGCAUAUACCUUCCCGAUCCAUCGACUUACGACCCCAUUGAGAUUUUGCUCAACACCUAUGACCGAAGUGAGAGGGACGAGCUCGUCAAGAUAUGGCGAGACAACAAACUGAGCGAAUUGAACUUUGUUGGCGUCGUGUCCGCUCUCCUUGCCGGCGUUCUCACGUCAACAGGCAGCUGGCCUAAUAUCCUAACGACUGGCCAGCCUUCUCCUUGGUACGUCCGCACAGCAUGGUACUGUGGUAUUGUCAUCUCUCUGCUUUCUAUCAUCAGUGCCGCAGACCAAACAGUACGUCUACACCGGCUAUCAUCUCACCGCGAUGGACUGGCCAAUAUCCAUAAGCUCCUUAGCAAGGGUAGUAGGAGGAAAAAGACAGGGCGCCGUGCACCUAGCUACUUCCAAAUUAUGACCUGGCAGAUGCCAGUCAUGUUUCUCAUCACCGGGACGAUUUGCAUGGUUAUGGGUAUGUUCUUGCUGGUAUGGAGUGCAACAUCGCACUUGGGAGACCUUACGAAAUGGGAUGACCAAAACAAGGUUGCUGUUGUGUUCACGGUCAUCGCGAGUCUUACGAUCAUCAUGUUUUUUGCUGGGCAGAUUUCUCUAUACUCGCCGAUCAGGGAGUAG